CCCAGACCCAAGGAACCCUGGCAAGUCCAAAAGGCCGCGCUUCAGGAGAAAUUCGGCCAAGUCAACUGGGAGCCUCGCAAGCGACUGUCCCCAGAUUCCCUCAACGGCAUCCGCACCCUCCAUGCCUCCGACCCAGGCACUUACACGACCGCCGUGCUCGCGAACCACUUCCAGGUCUCCCCUGAGGCCAUCCGUCGAAUCCUGAAGAGCAAGUGGCGCCCGAACGAGGACGAAGCGCGCGACCGCCUCGAGCGCUGGGAACGCCGAGGAGCCCGGAAGUGGGCCGACAUGGCGGCCGUUGGUCUCCGCCCGCCCCGUCGCUGGCGCGCGAUGGGUAUC